GCCUGCGCGGUGUUGGAGCGGCGGCGAUGAAGGUGGCGGUAGCGGGGUGCUGCCAUGGCGCCCUGGACAAGAUGUACGAGACGCUGGAACUGCUACAGCGGCGGCAUAAUGUGCGGCCCGACCUGCUGCUCUGCUGCGGAGACUUUCAGGCCGUGCGCAACGAGGCGGACCUACGCUGCAUGGCCGUGCCCGCUAAGUAUCGCCAUAUGGAGACCUUCUACCGGUACUACUCUGGUGAGAAGAAAGCCCCGGUCCUCACAGUGUUCAUCGGCGGGAACCACGAGGCGUCUAACCACCUGCAGGAGCUACCCUACGGGGGGUGGGUGGCUCCCAACAUCUACUACCUCGGUUAUGCGGGCGUGGUGCGGUUCCGCGGCGUGAGGAUCGGCGGCAUCUCGGGCAUCUUCAAGUCUCACGACUACCGAAAAGGCCACUUUGAGUGUCCACCGUACAACCAGCAAACAAUUAGAAGCGCUUACCAUGUGAGGAAUAUUGAAGUCUUCAAACUCAAGCAGUUAAAGCGUCCGAUCGAUAUAUUUAUGUCACAUGAUUGGCCAAGGAGCAUAUAUCACUAUGGAAACAAGAAACAGCUGCUGAAAAUGAAAUCCUUCUUUCGUCAAGAAGUGGAGAGCAACACAUUAGGAAGUCCUGCAGCUUCAGAGCUUCUGCACCAUCUGAAACCCGCCUACUGGUUCUCGGCACAUCUUCAUGUUAAAUUUGCGGCUUUUAUGCAACACCAGACAAACUCCAAAGAAGAGCUACCAAAAGCAACAAAGUUUUUGGCUCUGGAUAAAUGCUUGCCACACAGAGACUUCCUGCAGAUAGUAGACAUAGAGCAUGAUCCUAGUGCAGGUGACUCGCUGGAGUAUGAUGCUGAGUGGAUUGCAGUUCUCAAGGCCACCAACAGCCUUGUUAAUGUGACUCAAAGCUCCUGGAACAUGCCUGAGAAGAAUGGCCUCCAUGCAAGGUGGGAUUACAGUGUGACAGAAGAAGCCAUUAAAGAGGUGCUAGAAGAGCUGAAUCAUAAUCUCCAAAUUCCUUGUAACUUCACCCUAUCAGCUGCUUGUUAUGAUCCCAGCAAGCCCCAAAAAAACAUGCAACCAGUUCAUACCAUCAAUCCUCAGACUACAGAAUUUUGUGCCCAGUUUGGCCUCACUGACAUAAAUGCCAGGAUCCAGCAAGCUAAAGAAGAGGGCUCAGUACGAGGUGAAUAUGAAGAGGAUGAGGAAGAAGAGGAGAUGGACAGUACAGGGUCAGCAGAGGAACCCAGUGACUAUAAUACAGAUAAUUCUGGACUUUCAUCCAUUAAUCCAGAUGAAAUAUUGCUGGAUGAAGAAGGUGGUGAUGAAGACUUGAGUACAUGCUCUGUAGAUCCUUCCCCUGAUCAUCCUCCUGACUUUCCUGCAAGUUUUUCUGAUAUCCGGAUCAUGCCAGAUUCCAUGGUGGUGUCAUCUGAUGAUGCUAUGGAUUCCACUAAUGAGGAACUGGAGAGAUCUGGUGAGAGUAAGCAAGUAGAAGAGAAGAGCUUAAAUGAGAGACCAUUAAAGCGCGUGGGUGGUAAUGAAAAUGGAAACAGUGGCAUUAAAAUUAAGAGGAGGAAUCAAGCUAUAUAUGCUACAGAGGAUGAAGAUAAACCAGAGUAAUAUUUCAUGUGAUGUGUAUAUAUAAGUUCUCUCUGUAUCUUUUUAAGGGAAGGUGCUGAGAAUUGUGGUGGACUGCUCAUGCUUUUAAUGUUACUUGAUCUUACUCUUGUUACUUUCUUAAGCUGAAGAGCCUGUAUGUUCCUCUCACUGGGAGGAAGAUUUAUUUGGAUUGAGCAUCAAAAUCAGAAGCAGACUCUUCCAAGGAAGUACUUUGUCAGAGGAUUUAAAGUUCAUAUAUACUCAGUUAUUUUGCUUCAGUUCUUGCUUAUCAAAGCCUGUGCUGCUAGACAAGAUUCACCCUGCUUGUUUAACAAAAGAACUCUUAAACUGUCAUCCAAGUCAAAGUGAGAAGAUGUCUGACUCAAAAAGACCAAAUUAUUUGAUUUUAUUGCUUUUGUCUUGUUUUAUACUGAACUUUUAAUACAAAGUAGGAUAUGCAAUAACUGUGAACUAAACUUGAAAAUAGAAUUCCCAUGGAAACAAAACAGCAGUAGAAGAAUUGGUGUGUGUUGGUUUGUGUGUUGUUUGUUUUUUCUGAUGAUGUUUGUGCCAUACAAAAACUGCAUAGUCAUAGACAAAACAAUGUGUAUUGUCCAGUGCUGGCUUUUAAUUACAGCUUUCAUAGGGAACCAAGUCUCUUCAUCUGAAGCAUGACAGUUUUAUGAGGCCUGUUGAAGUGUGCAUCUCAUUUGUGCACUGUUCCCUAAAAUUUGAGAACCGUGUAGUAAAAUUUCAAGUGUAGGUAGGUAGGAUGAACAGCUUCAUAAAUGUGGACAUCAUUACUAGGCUGUUUUGUGUUUCCAUAUGAGGUGGUUGAUGCUUUAAAUUGCUUGAGACAACAAUGCCUACUAUUAUGAUUAGGCUAAGUUUUCACCUGUCACUUGAGUAGUGUGUAACUUGAUGAAUUCUUACAACUGGAUUUGGAAAUCUACAAGGUAGCUUCAGCUGUAAGUUCAGCUGAAGGAGAACAGGAAUUGCCAGAAUAUAGAUCAUCCUGGAAGUUUUCUUGGUUUGCUUAAGUUUGCCCUGAAAUAUUAGCACACAAAUUACACUCUGGCCCAAAAGCCUGUGGGGACAACCA